CCAAAGCACCGCUCGUUUGAUGCGAGAGCUUCCGCGGCGGAGAGAAAACACCACGCACACGCAGAGCCCGAGGGAAUGGCCGGGAAGAAGCAACAGCAGCCGCCGCGGCCGCCGCUGCGGCCCACCAUCUCGGUGCCGCCGCGGCCGGCGGCGGCCGCCAUGUUCGGGCCGUGCGGGAGCCCCGGCCCGCUGUCCCUGGUCUCGAGCUUCUUCGCCGAGCCCGACGGCGGGUCCUUCUCGGAGCUGCUCGCCGGGGCCAUGUACUCGCCCCUCGCCGUCAGCGCCUCGGGGCCAAUAAGCUCGUUCCUUUUGGACUACCCGCGCGAUGACCCGCCGUGGGAAGUGGAGUUUCGAGAUGGGCCGGCGAGCUUGGCGGUUGCCAGGUCGCCGUUGUUCACGGUGCCCCCGGGCUUGAGCCCUUCUGGGUUGCUCCUGUCGCCGGGUUUCUUCUCUCCUAAGAGUCCCUUUGGGAUGUCCCACCAGCAGGCCUUAGCACAAGUGACUGCUCAAGCUCAGGCUGCACUAGCAUGGUCUCAUGAGCACUUGCAAUUAGAAAUUGAUCCUCCAUCGGAAGCAUCAAAAGAGCCACUCCCAGACGAACCAUCUCUUAUGCUGAAUGAGGAUUCACAUCAGCUGUCUCCAUCAGAUGCUACCACUUCCGUGGCCGAAUCCUGUGAUAUCUCUAGUUCCAGUCACAAAUGGGAAGCUCUUCCCAUGGUUCUCGAGAAGCCUACUGAAGAUGGGUAUAAUUGGAGGAAGUAUGGCCAGAAGCAGGUUAAGGGCUGUGGUUAUCCCCGGAGCUACUACAAAUGUAGCCAUCUGAAUUGCUCAGUCAAGAAAAAGGUCGAGCAUUCUCUUGAUGGUCGAAUAACGGAGAUUACUUACAGAGGGCAACACCAGCAUGAAAUGCCUCAAGCCAAAAAGACUUCAAAAGAUGGUAACAACUUGAACAGGAGCACAAAUUCUCUGGCUAAACCUCAAGCUGUGCUUCAGGGUCAGAAUGGGCGCCAAUCUGCUCCUGCAAUGCUUGGGAGUGGGAGAGAUGAGGAGUCUUCUCGAGCAAGUGCUUUGCAUACCAGCAGCUUAAGUAACUAUGUGGAGUUAGAUGAUUCUAAAUCAAAGGGAGAAGGAUCUGAUGUCGGUAAUGAUGAUGCUGACGCAGGUGAUGAUGAACCAAAUCUCAAGCGGAGGAUUGUGCCAAUUCAAUCAAGCAAAUAUGUCACGGAACCCAAGAUCGUUCUGCAGACAAGAAGUGAAGUUGAUCUGCUGGAUGAUGGCUUCAAGUGGCGCAAAUACGGGCAGAAAGUGGUCAAAGGGAGUUCCUACCCAAGGAGCUACUACAAGUGCACUUACGCAGGCUGCAAUGUCCGUAAACACGUCGAAAGGGCUGCGUCGGACCCCAAAUCCGUCAUAACCACUUACGAGGGAAAGCACAAUCACACCACACCAUCUGCUGGAAAGCGAGGCCGCACCGUUGAGGCAACGGAAUUUGGCGAUGUCCAAAGACCGUCAGUUCUACGACUGAAAGAAGAGCAAGUGGCUGCUUGAGCCUUAAGCUACUCGAUCCUCACCUACUUAAAAGAGCUCAUGGACUUCGUGGAUCUUGGUCACAGUCGCGCAAGCCAUCUAUGGUCGAACAGAAGUGUGUUAAAUAUGUAAAUGAGCGAACCCUCUUGCUGUCACUUGGGGACUGGUAUUUUCCAUGCACAAAAACCACACCAAGUGCGCAGGGGAAGGUUAUUGCUUAUGCUUUAUGCAUCUCCUCCUGUAACUAAGCAUCUGUAACUCUGUUGUUGUAUCAAGUGCCAAGGCCGAGUCUCCCAAAAAAAGUGAGAUUUCAA